AUGGAAGCUCCAGCCCCAGAUUGGUCCGGGCUACCAGCGGACAUAUUGAUCAGCAUAUUCCAGUUGCUCCAGUGCCCGGACCUCCUCCGAUCCGCCGCCGUCUGCACAUUCUGGCAAAAGGCGUACUCCACGCUCCGCCGCAGCGGCGUCUGCCCCAGUCGGCAGACCCCCUGCUUACUCUAUUGUACCGAGGCCGCCUGUGCGAAGGCUCUUGGCAUGUACAGUCUCUCCGAACGGAAGGCCUACUCCAUGCCCCUCCCUGAACCUCCCAUCAGCAACUGGAUUGGCUCAUCACAUGGAUGGCUAGCCAUCAUGGAUGAGAAGUCUGACCUGAUGCUUCUCAACCCUAUCACCGGUGACAAGAUUGCACUCCCUCCUGUGACAACCAUGGAGCAUGUUAAACCUAUCGUAAACGAAGACGGGAUUCUUGAAAAGUACAAGCUGUCUUUCUAUGACGGACAGCUUCCGAGGGUGGAGGAUACACCCUAUGCAUGCCCUUUGGAUAGGUACGGAGAUCUGGUCUAUCUGAAGGCAACUUUGUCGUCCGAUCCAUCGGCAGGGGAAUGCACUGUCAUGCUCAUCCAUCAGCCGUACGCGCAGCUCUCAUUCGCCAGAGUGGGAGAUGCUCACUGGAACUGGCUCCAAAUGCAUAGUUUCUAUGCAGAUUGCAUACACCAUGAUGGCUGUUUCUACGCAAUGACUGAGGUAGGCGCAAUCGAUGAGUUUGAUUUGAACGGACCAUCUGUUGUCCACAGAAGGAUUUUACCAAAUCUAGUUGGGAUGGUCCAGAAGUGCUACAUUGUUCUGGCACCAUGGGGAGAUUUCCUCCAAAUCAUUAAGGAGGAGAGUUUGGAUCCUGAACAACCAGAUGGUGAGACGUAUGUCACUGCUUAUGAAGUGUACAAGGUUGAUUUUGUUGAGCUGAAGCGUGUCAAAAUGAGAGGGAUAGGUGAACAUGCAUUGUUCACUGGGAAAAGCACAACAUCUUGCUUUAGCGUAAAGAAUCAUCCAGGCUUGAUGGAAAACCAUCUAUAUUUUACUCAUGAUGAUCACGAAGAAUUACUCAGCGGCAAAGAUGAUCCACGUGACAUAGGAGUGUACGACUUGGAAAAUGAUACCAGAACCAAUUUGGUUGAUCCUGAACCCUGGAGGACGUGGUUCCCUCCCAUAUGGUUCACACCCAAUCUUGCAAAAGCAGAUGCCAUGUGCGCCUGCACCCAAGGGGUGUCAACUUCUGCAAGUACAAGCGUGGUAACAGCAAGCAGAUGA